UGUACAAAGCACUGAACAAAUUGAAUGGGCAAAGGAAAGGUCUGCAAAGCUGCUAUUUUACACCAAGAAGUAGUGCGACCAUUGCUUGCCGCAGGAAGACCUCUCUAAAGAAUGUAACAAAGAAUGGGUGACGUCCAAAAGGGUUUGUUUUCACUUGUGCAAGAACUGAAAAAAAUAGAUGAUGUGGAUGAAAACGGGAUAAGGAUUAUAUUGCUGGGACUGGACAAUGCUGGCAAAACCACCAUUCUGACCAGGCUUGCCUUGGAGGAGAUCAGAUGUAUAACUCCAACUCAGGGUUUUAAUAUUAAAAGUGUCCAAUCGCAAGGUCUGAAGCUGUCAGUUUGGGAUAUUGGGGGUCAAAGGGCAAUUCGCUCACACUGGAAAAAAUACCUUGGCAAUACUGACCUACUGAUAUAUGUAGUGGACAGUGCAGACCGGAAACGUUUUGAAGAAACCGGACAGGAGCUGGCAGAGUUAGUAGAAGACGAUAGCCUUCUAGGAGUUCCCCUUUUGGUGUUUGCCAACAAGCAGGAUUUGCUGAGUGCAGCCUCAGCAGCCGAUAUCGCCGCAGGACUAAACCUACACACUUACCGGGACCGUACAUGGCAGAUCCAAGCUUGUUCUGCACUGUCAGGUGAAGGCAUCCAGGAUGGAAUGGACUGGAUAUGUAAAAACAUCCGAAAAAAGUGAAAAUUAUAUUGAUGUGAAGAUGUGAAGACUCUUUGUGUACCCGCUGCGCUGUGCCCAACCGAUGCUUUUUUAAUAAGAACCUAUUUUACAUGCAGAAAAUAAAAUGUAUUGAGCACA